CUGAAUUUUGGCCAAUCCCCCUGUUACCAGAAUGGCACAUAAUCAUGCUACUUGGAUUACCAUCAUAUGUAGAUAGCUGAGGGAUUGUUGGCACUGGUUAAUCUCACUUUUGACACUGGAAAUGUACUCAAAUCUUUCUCAGAGUAAUGUUGGAUUUGCCUAGUGUGGUUCUCUACUACAGGUUGCAGAAGGAGAUCUACCUACAGUUGCAUCACACGGGACCGAAGUUGAGGCAUACAAUACACUUGAUCCUGGGAUCGAGUGGUUAAUCUAAAGGCAUUAUGUGAAGCUGAGUGGUUAAUCAACCUGGGGAAAUGAAGAAAAACUUGUUCAAUAUCAUAUUAAGAGGAUGUCAAAGUUGGGAGAGGAAGGAGAAACUGUUAAAGAAGCAACAUAGACAAGCACUUAUGCUUGAUAACAUGAUUGGCAUGGAUGCCAUUGCUGCCGGACGCUCUUUCCGUGAUGAAAAACCUGUGACUUAUACUUUCGACGAUUAUGAUCGCUCAAUAGAUGAAGUUAUAAAGUUCACCAAGAAGAACAAGCAAUCUCCCAAACAUUUUGAUGGAGUAGAUCCUCUCAUGAAACAUGAACUGUCUAGAAGCGGUAGUUUCUUGCUGAGAUGGGAGUUUCUUUUUACUUUGCUGAGAAGAUAGUGUAGAUUAAGUCAGUUCUACAGUAUGUUUUACAUUUAAGAAAGAAAAGGCAGGAUGUGAUAUGGAUGGGAAACUCUGUUGGGAGUUCUUACUCCUUUGAUGAGAUGUUGUUCAAUAACUUAACUAAUAAUUGCUACAAAAGAAUUCGCUCUUUAUUUGAA